CGGAAACCAAGAUGACACAACGCCGGUGACUGGUCACCUCAAGUCACAUGACACCAAGCGAUAGCGUCAUCUGGACCUAUUGCGUUCUCAAUGGAUCUUGCAGAGACUACCGCUGGGUUGGCGGGAACGGCUCUAACUCUCAUUCCUUUCACUCUCUCAUCAGCUUUCUAUCUCAUCUACUGGCUACCCUUUCAUGAGAGACCCUCACACACCACUGCUGCCGUCAAAUGCCUUCCCAUCAUCUUCCUCUGGUUCUUUGUCUAUAAGCAAGGCAUUCACCGGCCCUACAAUCGCAGGAUUCUUGCCGGAUUGGUCGCCAGUUGUCUUGGUGACGCCCUACUUGUCUACAAGGGCGACUACUUUACUGUCGGAUUGCUCUCGUUUGCUGUUGCGCAGAGUAUUUAUUCACUGGCGUUCGGGUUGAGGCCUUUCAAGGCGAAAGUCGGAGCAGUGAGUGGAGCACUCGGUGUGCUCUCCUAUUGGUUGAUAUAUCCGGGACUUACCGGUGUGAUGACAUGGUUGGCGCUUAUUUAUAUUGCUCUGUUGGUGUUGAUGUUUUGGAGGGCGGUCGCACGGGCGAUGCAGAUUUUAGUUAAUCGGAAGUUCUUGCCGUUGGCGUUGAGUCUGAUGGCGGGCGGACUUUGCUUUGUCGUGUCCGACUUUGUGAUCGCUUUCGAUAAAUUUCGUUUCUCGGUGCCGUUGAGUGACUAUAUUAUCAUGAUCACGUAUUAUGCGGCUCAACUCGGCAUCAGUCUAUCUGUGAUCCAAAUGAGAAAAGGAAAGAUGGAGAAAGAUAUUUAGAGGUCUGGGACUCCAAGGCAUGUCGCCUCGCAGUUUUUGAUUUGAUAGAUUAGCCGCUGUGGGCAUGCUCAUACACACAGAUUUAGUGGAUAUAGAUACAAUUGUUUGCUGAGAAAAUUUCAACUUGUAUUGAAUAAAACUCUACACACGA